UACCUGCAACAAUCCAUUCACAUUGGUUAAAAUCAAGACAUGGUUGAAUGGCGUAGAAGGGGAAGAAAUAGGGGGACUUAGUGCAGCAUUUGGUACACUUUUACCUACGGAGGAAAAAAAGGGUGUCAAAUUGCGUGCUUCUUACACAAACCCUUUAAAUUGCUGUUCCAGUAUCUCUCCGAAAUUAUUGGGUGCUAUGGCAUUAGCUAUGCGUGGUGAAUGUGAUUUUUUAACAAAGGCUAAAGUUGCGCAAGGGGGAGGUGCUGAAGGCAUUGUGAUAAUAAAUGAGGAUGAAGCUCUAGUGGAGAUGGGUUGUUCUGGAAAUGAGGAUGUCCAAAUAAAAAUACCAGUUGUGAUGAUAUCUAAAUCUGGAGGAGACAUAAUUCAGAAAUACAUGGGUGCUGGAAACAAAGUGCACCUGCUUUUGUAUGCGCCAGAUCGCCCCAUUUUGGAUUACUCAGUGAUAUUCUUAUGGUUGAUGGCUGUUGGAACUGUUUUUUGUGCAUCUAUUUGGUCAAAAAUUACUGCAUCCAAGGCGAUUGAUGACUACCAACUAUCUUCCAAGGAAUCUGCAGGAGCAGCAAAAGAUGAAGGUGAUGAAAUACUCAAUAUUAAUGCAAAAAGUGCCAUAGUCUUUGUCAUUUCAGCCUCCACUUUUUUGGUGCUACUAUAUCUCUUCAUGUCUUCUUGGUUUGUGUGGGUGCUGAUAAUACUUUUCUGCAUCGGUGGAGUUGAGGGAAUGCACAAUUGUAUAGUAACACUUAUAUCAAGUAAAUGUAAAGCUUGUGCAAGGAAGAUGGUAAAUUUGCCACUUCUGGGGGAAACAUCCAUUUUAUCUCUUGCGGUGUUGUUACUUUGCAUGGCUUUUGCCAUAUUUUGGGCUGCAAACAGGAAAGAAUCAUACUCUUGGAUUGGCCAAGAUAUUCUUGGCAUAGGUCUAAUGAUAACCGUCCUGCAGAUGGCUCAGUUACCCAAUAUAAAGGUUGCUACGGUACUACUGUGUUCUGCAUUCAUGUACGACAUUUUUUGGGUAUUCCUAUCACCUCUAAUAUUCCACGACAGCGUUAUGAUUGCGGUUGCUAAAGGUGACAAAAGUGGGGGAGAAUCCAUCCCAAUGCUUCUAAGGGUACCUCGACUCUUAGAUCCUUGGGAUGGUUAUGAUAUGAUUGGGUUUGGAGACAUUCUGUUCCCUGGCUUGCUAGUUUCUUUUGCUUUUAGGUUUGAUAAAGCAAACCAGAAGGGUCUACUGAAUGGAUACUUCUCUUGGCUAAUGGUUGGGUAUGGAGUCGGCCUCUGCUUUACUUACCUGGGGUUGUAUCUAAUGAAUGGGCAUGGUCAACCUGCCCUCCUCUACCUUGUACCCUGCACAUUGGGAACUUGUGUCGUGCUGGGUAUGAUUAGAGGUGAAAUGAGAAAACUUUGGACCUAUGGCACUCAAUCCACUGAGAUGUCUGGAAGUGCCUGAUAUACUGUGUACUGUGUAUACCAAAAGAAACAACUGAGUAGCUUCUGAAGGUUAAAGACCUCGGUAUUUCCAACUAUCUACUUGUUAUUUUCAUUUAUUGUUCUCUUAUGUUUGUAACUCCUUACUGUAUAUAUUAGUAGUCGUGUACCAUAAACGGAAUAUUUACUUUACAUAUUGUGCUGUAAUAUACUUAUGUAGCACAUUGUAACACCCCUUCACAUUUUGUUGAUUGUGUAAUGAAUUGCUUUACUUUUCCAGAUUAAAUUGGACUUUCUAAUUUA